AGUAGUCACAGAGGCAAGAGAGUGAAUCUCCGGUCAGCAGCUUCACCGAUGUUUAUCCACGAGUAAAACAAGACAUGCAUUCUGUAGGCAAGUCGUGGCUGCUGCUUACAGGCUUCAUACUGUUUUAUAUUAUCUACCUGCUGUUCGGAGCGCUGGUUUUCUCCAGUAUCGAGCGGCCGGUGGAGGACAAGCUGCGACAUGACAUGGAAGCCCUGAAGCAGGAGUUUCUGGGCCAGAGCUGCGUCAACGCCGCGUCCCUCGAAAAGUUUCUGGUCAAGGUUUUGACGGCGAACAAGUACGGCGUCUCCGUCCUCAGAAACUCCUCCGCCACUUCCAACUGGGACCUGGCAUCCUCCAUGUUCUUCGCCAACACUCUGGUCACCACUGUCGGUUAUGGCCACACCACUCCUCUGUCUGACACUGGGAAGGCUUUCUCCAUCGUCUACGCCCUGAUAGGAGUCCCCUUCACCAUGCUGGUGCUCACCGCCUGCGUCCAGAGGCUCAUGUACCCUCUGGUCCUUGCUCCAGUCGGCCUCCUGCAGCGUACAGGCAUGGAGCCUCGGCCGGCCACCGUUGUCCACUUCCUGUUGCUGCUGACGCUGGUGGUGCUGUGCUUCUUUGUGGCUCCGGCGGCGGUGUUCAGCGCUGUGGAGGUGUCCUGGUCCUUCUUGGACGGGAUCUACUUCUCUUUCAUCUCACUGUGCACUAUUGGACUAGGGGAUUUUGUUCCAGGGACACAGCCUGGGCAGAAGUACAGGCAGCUGUACCAGGUCUCUGUCAUGGUCUACCUGUUUGUGGGUCUGAUGAUGAUGUACCUCCUGCUGCGCACCUUCCACAAAAUGGCCGACCUGCACGGCCUGACCACCUUCCUGCAGCUGCCGCGCUGCGAGGAGACCGAUCAGGACGAGGACAGGGAGCCCAUCGUAGAGACCAACCACGAAGACCAGACGCCCCCUUACCUGACAGAAAAAGCUGCCAGUAAGCCCCUGGAGCCGGGAUCACAGCCGUCGUACAACACCAUCAACAAAGGCUGAGCCGUGGGGAGGCAGAGAAAAGACACAGAAGCUCUACCUACCUCUGGCGAUUCCCUCGGUGUUGAACCAGUGAUAAAACACCCAGACUGGUGGGCUGAAUCUGAAAUCCUGUCUCAAUUUUUUCAUUUUGUCUUCUGUAGUAAAAAUAAAACAUAGAGCUUAACAGAGAGCUUAAUAAUAAUAAUGAUAAUAAUAAUAAUGAUAAUAAUAAUGAGGAAUUGAGAUGAGAGUUUUGAGAUUCAGCCUUUGUGAGUGGACCGCCGAACAGUUUUUGAGCAGUUAUUACAUCACUUUCUGCACAUAUGAAAGGACUAUCCUAACUUGACUACAGCAACCCCCCUGGGCCAAAAGCCACAUAUGAUCCUUUUCCUCCUAAACACUGGUGUAACUAUGGCUUGCGUGUUCACACACACACAAAGGGCUCGAACCAAAACUUGUGGUACAUGGUUGGUUGUUUUCAGAUCACUUUUGUCUUGCAUGUGUUCUCGACACUGUUUUUUUGUUUUUUGGGGGUUUUGUUUUUUUGUGCCCUAGGUUUGGGUUGCUGUAUCAAGACUAACAAAUCUUGUCUUCGUAUAAUUGUGCUGAAACUAAACUUGGUGCUAAACACAAUCUGUGGAUUUCAACAUUUCAACUUCAUGAAAAUCUUGUACGCGUUUAACUGCAUUUGUUUUUAUUUGGGUUCAUUGUUCAGCUCCUCUUUAUAUUUCAAAAUAUGCACAUCAUAUGCACAUACAACUCCAGACUAUUUACCAGACGUCCAGUCAUGUUUAAAAUCCUGGGACUUAAUCACUGGAGAGGCCUUGAAUGCAUCUUCACAAGCACGAAUGAUCACAACUGCAGUGAAAUGACAAAUGAACCUGUUACAACUUCCUGAAAUGAAGGGCUAACAUGGACCUACACUGAGCAACAGUGGGGACGUUUACUGGAACAUGUUUCUUAUUUAAUUAGAUUUCCUGUGUGAAAGUAGUACCUUGUGUGUCUGGGUGGGCCUUCAAGAGCUACAGAAACUACAGAGAACUGUGUUUGCUUCAGGGCACAGGCUGUCCUCCUUUGUGCUGCCGCCCCCUGGUGUCUGCAUGUAUGUAGUGCAACAAGUUACCACACCUCCAGAUGAGUGUUAAAUGGGCUUAAAGGGUUGGAAUAGAGGGACUGAAGAUAAAAAAAUAAAUAUGUGUUUCAUUGUGGUGAUUGAGGGCGUGAUUAAUUUCAGUGGAAAACUGUUACUUGUCAAACACGGUAUGCUCUGUGUGAU